GCGGCUGAGCCAAUGGGAAAUGGACAAUGCAGUCAGCAGAAGUCAGAAAUGUUGAAAAACCUGUAGUGACAGUCAGGGUGAGUUUCCUCACACGAGACACCAGAUACAGUCAUAGAUACUGUAUUGUAUUGUUGGGAAAGCUAAUGAAACCGCUCGGCCCCACUUAUGGUCUUCAACUGAGUGCAUUUCUAAUCUAGACCCUUUCUUUGAAAGAAAUUUGUUAUGGGGACUUACUCGGACCAAAAGGAUGGGGACCUGCAAAAUGGGUAUUCAGAAAACAGCAAGACAUCUGCUUUCAUUCCAGACAUGGAGCUCAGGGAGGAGUGGCAAGACGAGGAAUUUCCCAGGCCUCUUCCUGAGGAUUCACACGAUCCUGAUGAUGAAGAUGAAAGCUCCGGAGCUGACAGUAACAGGCCUGUCCCACCGACCAGCCUGGCCCUGACCGGCAACAGUGUCCGAAAGAAGCGUCUAGUGGCACCUUCUCUUAAUCUCACUUUGGAUAAAAUCUCUACUGACCGGAGCUUGAAAUCUGACGAGUUUGAUGCUUCUGCGCUGUCGCCGUCUUACGAAGAUGAUCCAGACCUGGAUAUUAACCUUGAGGCUUUAGAAACACCUUCAGACAGCGAGUCCUGCAACUUUCCAGACAGCAUGCGCGAUUUGGAGUGGGAAGAUGAUCUUCCUAAAAUGGGCAAAGCGGCGCUCAGGAAGGGCAGUUUGCUGGAUCAGGCAGAAAUGGGACACUUGGAGUUGGAUCAGGUGGAUGGUAAUGGUGUGCGAUGGAGAUGCUUCCAUAUUGGCGGGCAGGACUAUCAGGUCAACAUGAGCGUUCUGGAACCUUACCUCCAAGUUCUCUCCCAUGGAGGGUAUUUUGGGGACGGAUCUACAGCCGUCAUCAUGUUUACCUCCUGCUACCUACCAGAAAAUACAAUACAACAUUAUGAAUAUGUGAUGGACAAUCUCUUCAGGUUCAUCAUUGGCACGCUUGACCUGAUGGUGUCUGAGAAUUACAUACUAGUGUAUUUGUGUGGCAUGGCUCCUCGCAAUAAGAUGCCCGGCAUUAAAUGGCUCAGGCAAUGUUACACAUCCAUUGACAGAAGAUUAAGGAAGGACCUGAAAGGUCUUCUUGUGGUUCACCCUGCGUGGUACGUGAGAGCUUUAAUCACAGUCAUCAAACCUUUCAUCAGUGAGAAGUUUGGCAGGAAGAUGCGCUUCAUCCACAGUUUGCAGGAACUGGCUGAGUUUGUUCCUGUGGACCAGCUGCAAAUCCCAGAAAGCAUCAGAGAGUAUGAUGAGCAGCUCAACAGGUGAAGGUGUCUGAUGCAAACAUUGAUGUGUACAUACUGUAUAGACUUCACACUGGGGUGACCGGGGUUAAAGGUCAAGCUUCAGGGCAUUGACGGAAAACCACUUCCUGCAGACUAUACAAAAGGACAGUGUCUGGAGGAGAGACACAUCUGUGUCAUCCUAUUGAGCUCGCAUGAUGAGAAUACUGCGAGGAACAUGAAAGAUCUCCAUUGAUCUAAACUUUUACAAAACAAACCUAAACACAGCGUUUCAUAGACAACCAAAUCAAGUUUAUACCUUUAGAAAAGGUAGUUUGAACAUAUAAAAGCUUGCCAAGUUGAGGGAAUAUUUUUAAGGCUGUCGAGUUUCACUUUUUCAUGUUUAGAUUUUUUUAUAUGAUGAUGUGGCCAAAGAUGGAUUGAUUUGAUCGCACAGAGCUAACAUAAUGGUACAGGUAAAUAUUAGAAUAUAAUUAAAUAACGUCGUAUGGAUCUUUAUUCAUAUAUGCACCAAGUUUACAACAAUGUCUCAUUGUAAGUCUAAUCUUUAUCUGAAAGUCAUAUAAACUAUGAUUUAUAUAAUAAUUGCUUAGAGUAAUUCUUUAUACUAUUAUCUUUCAUCCAGAGCCUGCAAUUACAGGGAUUUGAUUUUCUUUCUGUUUGGUUUUAUGAAAUAGCUUUCUAAAUAGAUUUUGUUUGUGGUUAUUUUUCUGAAGAAUAAGUUUAAUUUACAGAUUUAAUCAUCUUCAAUCCAGACAUAAUUAAAUCUAGCAGUGGUGAUGACUCAAAUGUUUGAUGCAGAAUCAAAGAGCUGAAAGAAACAAAGGGGUAUUUUAUUUCUGCACUGCGAAAAAUGAUUAGUUGUUUUUUGUUCAUUUAAAGGCGGUUGACUUAAAAUGUCAAGUUAGUUCAACUUAAUAUAAGUAAACUCAAUGUCUUUUUCAAUUGACUAAACUCAUUUAGUUUUUCGUUUUAAGGCAACCAGGUAAACCUUUUUUUUUUUUAAGUUGAACCAACAAUUUUUUGUUGUUUUUGUAAGGUGAUCUGUUUUUUUCUUUAUAUUAGUGUAUAUAUGUUAAAUAUUGAUAUUAAAAUAUAUGUGAGGGGGUUUUCUUCUUGAAGACGGUGGAGAAACGUUCUCUUCGGUUCAGCUGCUGUUUGUAAACGGCCCUUUCAUUUAUUAGAUUCUCCUAUGUGCAAAUAUUUAUACAAGGUCACACUUGAACAACCUGGACGUUCAACAGCAGACGUGUACUACAUCUUUUUACAAUAUGUAUGGCAAUAAAUGAUUAUACUGUUAAA